UCAGCAGCAGCCACCGCAGAGGAUAUAAAUAACAUUCGCUCGAUUUGUUAGCAAAAAAAAACGCCACUUUGUCCAAAUUCAUGUAGCGAUCCGCGAUCCGAUUUGUGUGUCCCUCGACCAAAAACCCAGCAACCGGCAACGGUUGUGUGGUUCAAGUUCUGGUAGCCCCCCCCCCCCCGAUCCCUGCCCCCUCUUACAACGACUCCAACAUUUCGCCGCUCCGUGUGUGAAUCCGUGCGCACUUGUAACAACAAACCAUCAUGAGGUUUCUGGGCCACGAUAGAUAAAAAAGUGAUUGAAUCGAACCGAGAUACGGGAACGGUGCGUACCAUCGUCGCCAACGCAGCAACACACCGGGAGUUCGCACCGCUGUACCGUACUUGCAUUUGCGCUUCCGCCAACAAGCGGCACGGAACGGCAGACGAUGGAUGCCAAAAUCGAGCACGUAUCGGUGAUUCUACCCGUCAGUAAUGAGCCGAUUAUCGUGGGAAAUGUUAGCACUAGGAAAAGUUUAAAACGACAUUGGAACCAGUUGUCUAGGUUCCAGAAGAAUUUAGCCUGCAUCUUGCUGGCCGGUAUGUGCAUUUUCUACAUCAUAUUCUUCGUGCUACCGUUUAUCGUUCCGUCCCGCAGCACCGACACACUAGACCCGAUGGAACACAUCCAGAUAGCACCGUUUAAAGAAAGGCAUGAGCGAUUUGCAUCUUCCAUGGUGAAAGAGAUCAAGCUGUCGGACAGUUUAGCAAAUCCUCCCACGGAGGAAGCGAAACCGGCCGGCCAGCAACCGGAAGCCAAUCCGAUGCAGCUGGAAAUUGUACAAAACGAACCGAAAGAGAUUGUCGACAACGAAGAGAGCGUGCUGGAGGAAAACCGUCGUGUACCGUUUGCCGGUGCAAAAGAUUUUAAGGGUCCAACAAACGACCGACAAAGGGCCGUGGUAGAGGCGGUGCAACAUUCGUGGAAAGGCUACAAAGAGUACGCCUGGGGCCACGACAAUCUGAAACCCAUUUCGAUGGGUUAUUCCGACUGGUUCGGACUCGGCCUCACGCUGGUCGAUUCGCUCGACACGCUCUACAUCAUGGAUCUGCAGGACGAGUUCGAUGAGGCGCGCACCUGGAUCGAAAAGUACCUUAAGUUCGAUGUGAACCGUGAGGUAAAUCUUUUCGAAGUGACCAUCCGGGUGGUUGGUGGGCUGCUGAGCGCGUAUCACCUCAGCGGGGACCGCAUGUUUCUGGACAAAGCGGUUGAUCUGGGGAACCGGCUGCUGCCAUGCUUCGAUUCACCGUCCGGCAUUCCCUUUUCGGACGUUAACAUCGGUUCGUUGGCUGCCCACGCACCGAAAUGGUCACCGGACAGCUCGACGAGCGAAGUGACGACGAUUCAGCUCGAAUUCCGUGACCUCUCGCGCAGCUCGGAGAAUCCCAUCUUUGAAAAGGUGGCGUCAAGGGUAAAUCUUAAAAUACACGAACUGGACAAAAAUGAGGGUUUGGUACCGAUCUUCAUCAACGCCAAUACGGGACAGUUCCGUAACUUUGCGACAAUCUCGCUGGGAGCCCGGGCCGAUUCUUACUACGAAUAUUUGCUCAAGCAGUGGCUGCAAACCGGCAAAAAGGCUGACGAUUAUCUCAUCGAGGACUAUCAGCAGUCGAUUCGUGGCGUCCUGAACCAGCUCGUGCGCACAACGCCCAACGAAAAGCACGUCUACGUUGGUGAGCUGCUUAAUGGGAAAGACUUCAAACCGAAGAUGGACCACCUUACGUGCUAUCUGCCCGGUACGCUGCUGCUCGGCUACAAGAACGGCAUGCCCAAGACGCACCUUCGGCUGGCAACGGAUUUGCUGGAAACGUGCUACCAAACGUACAUGAAGCAACCGACCCAGCUAGCCCCGGAAAUAUCGUACUUCAACGUGAACGGAGAAUCGGAAACGGACAUCUACGUCAAGACGAACGAUGCGCACAAUCUGCUACGGCCAGAGUUUAUCGAAAGCCUGUACUACUUCUACGCCAUCACGGGGAACCGCACGUACCAGGAUAUGGGCUGGACAAUCUUCGAAGCGUUCAAUCGCUACACCAAGGUGAAGAACGGCUACACCUCGAUCGGUAAUGUGAAAAACCCGCUCAACACGCGACCGCGCGAUAUGAUGGAAAGCUUUUGGCUCGGCGAGACGCUAAAGUACUUUUAUCUGCUGUUCAGCGACGAUCGGAACGAGAUCGAUCUGGACAAGUACGUGUUCAACUCGGAAGCCCAUCCGCUACCGGUGCGGGAAGUUUAAGGCUUGGCUGUGGUUGUGGUUGUGCAAACAGCGGCUACAGUUUUUAUUGCAUAGCUCACUAACUUUUCAACCAGAAACAGGGGGCUCUCCUUAAAAAAGGCUUCGUAAAAGACGAUAUUAGUUAGUGAGUCGCGGGGAACAAAACGAACAUAAAUAAGAUUCCUUUUUGAAACGUAAUAGCAAAUGGGUGGGACUAAACGUACGUUAGUGUGUGUGAGUGUGUGUGUGUGUAUGAGCGUUUUUGUUUCGGUCGUAUGAUUGUUGGCGAUGUCCCCGAGCAAGGGACAUCAGCAGUGAACGAGGAUCGCUUUACAACGGCGUGCUGUGUAAAUACGUGUACGGGAGAAAUAUUCUAGAUAUCGCGUAGCGUCUCCUACGGUUAAUUGCAGGCCCUUGGGCACAAACAGUUGCGUGCCCUUAAAUGAAAUGUUACCAAAAAAAAUGCAACCGGCGUUUUAGCAGCGCUUCUCUCGGUUCGGUUGACACGCCUUGCACCUACGAGAACACAUUCCCGAGCACGGUUCGUUUGUUUCUGUAUCUGUGUUUUCUCUUUUGCCCACAAUUUUCCCAACGCACUUUUCCGCUAGCAGCAACCACAACAACCACUCUCCACUAUCUCCACUGUAUUUCGUUCCUCCUCGUGUUCCUAAUGUAGUAAGAAGACCAAGGGCGUUCAAAAUAUGCACCAUUAAGGGUCGCCGUACAAACAAAACAAACAAAAAUCGAACGAUUUAAAAGCAUUGCUCGUUAGUAGAGAGCUAGCUACUAGGUGAUAGGCAAAGGUUUUGAUGAUUUGAUGAUUCCUUACUCUCUUUCGUGUACACAUGUUUUUCUAGUCCUUCGGUGGUAACGAGUGUGUGUGUGUGUGGGGCAAAGGAUGAGAACCGAGCGGUGGAAAAGGGGUUCGGAUAAAGACUUGGUGACACAAACACACACACACCAACACUACUAGAUGGUUAAAUGAUACAAUCAUGGAUUUUGUUUUAGGUUCUUGCGCGUAAGACAUUAAGCGUAUCGAUAAACGGUUAAAUAAUAGUAUCUGCUGUCUUCAUUAACGGUCUUGAUCAGAAUUUUAGGGAAAACAAACGAAAAUGACAAUGAAUCGGAAUAAACAAUCGAAGAGUCGAAACACAAUA